AUGUCAAAAGAGGUACAAGGUUUAUUGAAGACUUAUUUACAAGUAGAAAAAGAAGCCUAAUAGAUCAAAGAUAAGUAGAUAAAAUUAGCAAAAGUAAUGGAAUCUAGUAAAUAAGAAUUUAGCGAAUUCCUGAAAUAGGUCCUCAUCCUUAAAAGUAAUCAUAAAGCAAAGUUAAGGAAUAAGUUUCAGUUCUAAAAUAGAAAAGAAUUCAAUUGGAAAAAGAAUCAAAUAAAAUAUCUUAGGAGCAUGAUUAUAUGUAGUAAAUUCUUUAAAAUGAAUUAAAGAAAUAAUUAGCUCCUUCUUAAAAGCAUAAUGAUAUAUUAUUAAAUUUAGAAAAAGUAGCCUAAGAAACUUAAUUUACAUAUUUAAAGUUUAGAACAGAAAAGUUUAUGCAAAAAUUGAUGAAGAUCUUUUCAAUUUUUUCUAUAAAGCAAGAAUUUCUUUAGAAAGUAAAGAAAUAAUAAUAUAAAUCAAAAGAAGAGAUACAAUAAUAUUUAGAGUUUAGAAAUUUCUAAUUACAAAAGUAAGCUUUUAAUAAUUGGAAAAAGUUUUAUUUAUACUCAAAGGAACAAAGAAGAUUGAAAGAAGAAUAGCAAUAAAAAAAGUAUGAAAUGGGAUAAAAUGUAAAAAAUAAUAAUAAAAUUUUAGUAAUUGGCUUUAGAAUUUAAUAAUUUUUGUUUGACAAAUAAAUGUUUUAAAGCACUUAAGUAAUAUGUUAAAAUGAAUAAAAUAACAUAAUAAUUUGAAACAGAUUAAAAUCAAAUUAAAGUUAAAGUCAAUAAUUUCUUAAAUCAAAUGUAAAAAUAAAUAUCUGAUGCUUUGGAAAAAGAGAAAGAAGAAAUUCAAUUAAUAAAAUAAUCAAAUUUGAUAAAUGAUGAAGAAUUGACUAUAUCUAAUUCAUAAAAAUCAAUAUAAUCAGAGAAAGAAGAGCAAAUUGAUUUAAAUUAAGAAGAAAUACUUUAAUCAUAUGAAAAUGAAUUUUUAUAGCAUUCAAAUGAGGAAUAAAUGUAAUUAACAAUAUAACCCAUAAAACAUCCUGAAAUAUAGUAAAUUAAUUAAUAGAUAUAAAGUACAAAUUUAAAAGAUGAUUAAUUGGAUUUUAUACCUAAUAAAUAAAAUAAUUAAAUAAAUGGAUAUUCAAUAACAAAAGAAAAUAGUCAACCUCCUUUACCAAUAAAUCCUUGGAAAUAAAAAUAAAUCUCUUCUAUAUAAAAUAUGGUUGAUGAUAAUGAAUAAUCAAUAUAGAGAUAAAAUAGUCCUCAAAAUAUGUCAUAAUAAAGUUAUUCUAGACAAAGAUCAGUAGAUAAAAAAAAUAAUUAUGCAAAAGAAUUAGAAGAUAAAGCUAAAAAAAGAAAAGAAAUGAAUGAAAUCAUUAAAAAAAAACAUGAAGAUAAACGAAAAUAAAAAGAACUAGAAAAAUAACAAUAAGAACAAUAAAGAUAAUUGGAAAUAAAAAAAUAAAAAGAAGAAGAAUAUAAUAGAAUUUAAGAAAAAAAGAAAAGAGAAUUAGAAUUAAAAUAAAAACAAGAAUAGGAAAAAUUUGAACAAGAAUAUAAAACUGAAAUUGCAAUUAAACAUUACGAAAAGAGUUUAUAAAAAUAUCAAAUAUUUAUUCCUAUUUUAAAAUUACAUUAAUAAUAUUACAAAAAUAAAUAGAGAGCUGAAAAUCAUUAUGAAAAUAGUUUAAAAUAAAACUUAUUCUAUUUACUAAAAAAAAUAAAAUAAAUAUGUGAUGAUUAAAGAGAAUAUGAAGAAUAAAUUAGAAUUAAUAUAUCUAAUAAUCAUUAUGAAAGAAAUUUAAAAUUAAAAGCAAUAUUUAGUCUAAAAUCUUUGGCAAAUAUUCAAAAUACUAAAUUAAAGGAUGCUCUACAAAUAAGAGAAAAGUACAUGAAAAGAAAUAUAAUGACUGCUUGGUAUAUUUAAUUACCAGAAAUGAGAGCCGAAAAUGUAAAAUUGGAAAGAGUUUCUGAAAGAUUAGUUAAUGAUUUUAGAAAAGUAAAAAUUAAUAAAAAUUUAGGCGAUUCUUUAAAAAUAGUUUUUUUCUGAAUGGAAAAAUGUUGUAAGAGAAAAUAUAGGUUAAAGGAUUAGAGAGUAAAAUAAAUAGGAGAUGUGGUAAAAAGUAAAUUAAUGGCUUUAAGAAUUUGAUGACGAUAAAAUAGAAUGA